CACGUAAGUAGGGGUUGAAGAACACACUGCAGCAGAAAUUAGUUCUAUUUCUGGCUAGAACAAGAUAUUUGCGAUUUUUUAACUCACGCUCUGUCAAUAUCUCUUGGUACUGUGCAGAUUGUUAUUGUGCAGUGGCGAACGCUGUUGCAUAAUUAGGUGGGGAAGGGAUUUAUAAUGCUUAGUGACAUAAUCUGUUUUUUGUUUGAAUAACUCUGAAGAUGAAAUUCGGACCAGUGUUGGACGACAAACAGUUGAAACGUCUGAAAGAACACAAAUACAGUUGCAUAAGCUCAAGUGUUCUUGAACCAUUGCUCCAGCCAUGGUGGAACUGGGUAGUGCAAUGUUUGCCAUUAUGGCUUGCACCAAACUUAAUAACCAUCACAGGACUCAUUCUAAAUAUUAUGACAUCUCUGGUGCUUGUCUACUAUAACCCUGAUGGAAAAGAAGAGUCACCAAGAUGGGCGGCUCUAUUGUGCGCUGCAGGCAUUUUCAUCUACCAAACUCUGGACGCGAUAGAUGGAAAACAAGCUCGCCGCACCAAUUCUUCCUCGCCAUUGGGCGAACUUUUUGAUCACGGAUGUGAUUCCUUGUCUACCGUAUUCGUUGCCUUGGCCGCAUGCGUCACAGUUGGACUCGGCACGCAUCCGUGGUGGAUGUUCUUCCAGUGUUUCACUGGUUUUGCACUUUUUUACUGCGCACACUGGCAGACCUAUGUCUCAGGGACGUUGAGAUUCGGGAAAAUUGACGUAACCGAGGCCCAAUAUGGGAUCAUCGGAUUACACUUGUUGACCUUUAUCUUCGGGAGUAACAUGUGGCAACAGAACUUGCCUUUGGUGGGAUUCGGGUGGAAUAUCGUCGUGGUAUUGUCAGUGUUUUUGGCGCAGUCGUACACUUUCUUCACCGAGUAUUUGGGCUGCAUUUUAAGCGGAGGAACAGGGAAAAAUGGAUCGACUAUUGCCGAAACAAGCGUUCUAUCACCUGCCAUCCCACUAGGUCUGGUGAUUGUUCCGGCUUAUAUCAUUGCCUGUAAAAGUGAAGAACACAUAUUCGAGGAGCAUCCUUCACUGUACAUCAUCGCCUUUGGUUUAGUAAUUGCUAAAGUCACCAACCGACUCGUGGUAGCACACAUGACUCGCAGUGAGAUGGACUACCUAGAUUCAGUGCUAAUUGGUCCCGCAUUACUGUUCCUGAACCAGUACUUCAACAAUUUUAUACAGGAGUAUUACGUUCUAUGGCUGUGCCUGAUGUGGGCAGCCAUUGACUUGUAUCAUUACUGCCAUCGUGUCUGUCUGGAAAUAUGCAAAGAGCUUAAUAUAGAACUCUUCCGCAUUAGUGCCAGGGAGGCUGUGCCAGCAGGAGCACUGUCUGCAGCGUUAGACUUGGCUGCCAGUACCAACGGCCGGAAUGGCCGACAUAGAAGAACAUAGUUAGUUUUUGGGUAAAUUCUAAAUCUAAGAACAGGAAAGAAAGAAAAAAAAAAAAAACAAACAAACAAACACAAUAUUACGCAAAGUAAGCAACCAACAAAAUAUAUAUUAUAUAUAACAUCUUUUUUCUUCUCGAGUUUGGUUGUGUUUUGCUUUCAGUUGUUUAACUUUUCUUCCAGAGCUAUGUUUAAGAAGUAUGCACACGCACCUACAUUAUAAUUGGAUAUUUUUUUCUUUCUUUUUCAAUCGGAAUGUUGCUCUUUUUUCUUGGCACCGUCUCCGCCCUUUCCCAAUCCACAAAAAGAAAAUUUCAGUUCAAGUUUUGUAAAUUUCACCCUCGUUCCAUAAAACAAACCAGAAAAAAAAAACUCCGUACUGCCUCAUUUCCUUCUCCUGUGCCUACAAGUUUUUGUGGGUGCUGUAAUUGGGAAAAGAAUGCAAUGUGUAAAAAUGUGAGAAACAUUUUUUGCGUUUAUAAAUUGGGCCCAUUCUGACAUCGUUAGGGUGACGAGUCGCUAGUCAGGCUGCACAGCAUGUGCUGGGCUUGUAAGCGGGACGAUUAUCUUUUCGGAUGAUCAUUAGCUGAAACUCUGUUUGCUGUGGACAUUAUAAAGAAAGUGAUUCAGUUACUCACAAACUAGAUUAAUUGGGGUUAACAAUGGUAUGUAGAGCUCGAAUUGAUUUGUUGUUUGAAAUACACAAACUGUCAAUUGGU